AGCCCAGACAACAGGGAAGAGAGGCACGCAGCCCCAGCCAGCGAAUUCCCCUUUCGGCCGGCCGCGACCUUGACAAAUUCUCCCCGGAAUUCCGCAGAGCUCCCCGGGAGGCAGGCCGCCGAUCGACCGAUCGAUCGAUUCGCCAGGGGGGCGGGGAUGAGCUUCCAGGACCUGGAGGCCGGCCGCGGGCCGCAGCGGAAGGCCGGCCGGCCGGCGGGGCCCGGCGCCGGCGCGUCGCAGGCCGUCGCCUCCGGCGUCUUCCAGAUCAACACGGCCGUCGCCACCUUCCAGCGCCUCGUCAACACGCUCGGCACGCCAAAGGACACGCCAGACCUCCGCGACAAGAUACACAAGACGCGGACAAACAUAACACAGUUGGUGAGAGAUACAUCCGAGAAGCUUAAACAAGCUAGUGACGCGGAUCAUCGUGUCGAAGUUAGCGCUACCAAAAAGAUUGCUGACGCAAAGCUAGCGAAGGAUUUCCAGGCAGUUCUAAAAGAAUUCCAGAAAGCUCAACGGUUAGCGGUAGAGAGAGAAGCUGCAUAUGCACCUUUUAUUACUCAAGCGGGUUUACCACAGAGCUAUAACUCAACUGAAGUGAACAACGGUGCUGAUAGGUUGGCUGAACAGCGCACACAGCUUCUAGAAUCAAGAAGGCAAGAGUUAGUUUUCUUGGAUAAUGAAAUUGUCUUCAAUGAGGCUGUUAUUGAAGAGAGGGACCAGGGAAUAAAAGAGAUUCAAGACCAAAUUAGUGAAGUAAACGAGAUCUUCAAAGAUCUUGCUGUGCUAGUCCAUGAUCAAGGAGCAAUGAUUGAUGACAUAGACUCUCACAUUGACAAUUCUGUUGCUGCGACUGCACAAGCAAAAGGCCAGCUUUCAAAAGCUGCUAAAACUCAGAAGUCGAACUCUUCUCUGAUAUGCCUGUUAAUGGUAAUUUUCGGGGUGGUGCUGCUCAUAGUGAUAAUAGUCCUUGCAGCCUAGCAAUCUGGAAGACACCUGGUGCUCCAAAAUCUGGUCAAGCCUAGCGCGGCGAAUUCCUUCAUAAUUUAAUUUUGCUGUGCAGUCAGGAAUGUAUCUAGGUCUCCUCCUGGAGGUUGUGAUAUGGUGGUGUGUGUGGUAAUGGUCUGUGUUUGGGUUGCGUGGUUUACAUAAGUAAUCAAGUAUACUCGCUCGAUCGAGUCUAGCUCAUUGUUUCUCCUGUUAAUAUCUGUGAUGUAGUAUCUCUGAGUGAGUGCUGUAAGAACGCGGAGGUUAGUUUAUAUCACAUGGGUUUGAAGUUUCUCGAGUUGGUAAGAAGCGAUUCUGAAUUUCUUUAUACCAAAUGUGAUACUGAUUAUCUUUAAGUUGUCA